CUCCUUCCCCAGCUUCAGUUGGUUUCUUUUCGGCCGCUGUUGAUACUGCCAGAAGACCGGGAGGGUCCGAUUUAGCGGGGGGCCGGACGGUCCCUUUCCCCCUUGACUCGGCCCCCGCCCCACAAGCGUCCUGUAUGAGUCUUCCUCGAGCCCAGGAGAGCUGUCUCGCCGAAUUGAUGCCUCGCUGAGUCUGGGAGACCAAUUCGCCGGGCCACCAUGGGCAAAUCGAACAGCAAGUUGAAACCUGAAGUUGUGGAAGAACUGACCAGAAAAACGUAUUUCACAGAGAAGGAAGUCCAGCAAUGGUACAAAGGCUUUAUCAAGGACUGCCCGAGUGGACAGUUAGACGCAGCUGGAUUUCAGAAAAUCUACAAGCAAUUUUUCCCUUUUGGCGACCCAACCAAGUUCGCAACAUUUGUCUUUAAUGUCUUUGAUGAGAACAAAGAUGGAAGAAUUGAGUUUUCUGAAUUUAUCCAGGCCCUUUCAGUUACCUCCCGAGGAACUCUGGAUGAGAAACUGCGGUGGGCCUUUAAACUCUAUGACUUGGAUAACGAUGGGUACAUCACAAGAAAUGAGAUGCUUGACAUUGUAGAUGCUAUUUACCAGAUGGUGGGCAAUACAGUGGAGCUCCCCGAAGAAGAGAACACACCAGAGAAGAGGGUGGACCGGAUUUUUGCCAUGAUGGACAAAAAUGCCGAUGGGAAAUUAACGCUGCAGGAGUUCCAGGAAGGCUCCAAAGCCGAUCCUUCCAUCGUUCAGGCACUUUCUCUCUAUGACGGACUGGUAUAGUCCCACGUCCUACGCUUUGACCCAUUGAAAAGACCUUCUUCCGGUGACAUUGAGCUGCCUCCCCAGCAAGACCCUCGUCUGACAUUACUCUUACGUUACUCGCAAGCAAGGGAUGCAUUUGGAGUCUGACGUCAGCCUCAAAUCCUUUCUGCUUGGAAUCGUCUCCAUUUACCGAUCGACUGCAUCUAUUAUUAUUUUUUAAAGAGAGACAGACAAAGGGAGGGCGGGGGGGAAAAAACACAGGAUCAUUCAUUGGUGGAGACUGUUCCCACACAUUUUCCCCCCCCCUCCGAGUUUUGUUUGGAAUGGACUUAAGAUUUAACAUUUCUUUCCUGGGGGGUGGAGGGGGGAAGGGGAAACGGAGACUGAAAAGCUGCUGUUAAUAUGGCUCGGUGUGUCCAGUGCUGUUAGAUUGGAUCCGAAAAGCAGGUGGGGUGUACAGGAAGGGUCAAGGGGUUACGAGGCAAAAUGAAUCAAAACCGGUUUGAAAAAUCAAUGUUUCGUAUCGCCCGGAUUUGCCGCAAUCUGCAUCGCUCGGGGAUAAGGUCUGCGCAUAAAAACACAGGCUUAAUGUUGGAGCGAUGGCCUAGCCGCCUGGUACAUCCUCGUCGGAUAUGGGUUGCGUGUCUGUGUAAAAAAAGUGCGGUGUUUUUCUUUGCAACCGCCUCUCGAUUAACGCCGCCUAUUUAUUUUCUGCUUUGAUAUCGUGUUGUCGCUAAAAGAUCCGACACCGGGAGGGUGGCCGUGCAUCUCUGCUGGUGGGUCUUUUUCUGUCGUGGGAGAAAUUAAGCCAAAAAGAAAAAAGUUUUUCCCUGAAUCUGUAAUCACGCACACUGCAGCCUGGCUGAAGUUCCAGGGGGUAAAUUCCGCCCCCCACCUUUGUGGUCUUUGUCUUUCCAUUAUUUUGCCCAUCACAAUCGUUCUGUGAUGCUUCACUUGGGGGUUGGGAGGCCACGCACACCUGCCUUGCUUUGAAGAGCUCGAAUGCUCGACGUCUUUCCCCCGGGACCUCCGAGCUCGCAGAUUUCCAUGCCUGCAUAUUAAAAAAGAGAAAAAAGGAAG